AUGUUUGAUCCAGAUGACACGGACAUACUGAAAAAUCCAACUGUAAAUCCAGCACCUUCAAGAGAAACACUGUUGUUAAUACUAAGAGAAAACAAUCUUAACUGGUUUACAUUUGUGGCUGAGCUAAAAAACAUGUUACCAACAGAUAACCCUGAAGUUUUAAAUCAAAUACUUGUUGACUUUGCUGAUUUCAUCCCCUAUAGUGAUCUUUCAACAGCAGAAGAGCAAUUGAUCGAAAUUAGUAGACAGGCAUAUUUAGAGAUUCAGCGGAAACAAUCUCUAGGCAACGCCAUAUUUGAGACUGACAGUGAAUCUGAUGAUGGAGACUGGUGUGAAAUCAAUGAUAUUUGUUCUGAUGAAGCAAAAGAAAAAGUGCAACAAGAAAGAAAAAAAAUCAAGAUGGCUGCUAAAAGGGAAACUUCAAAGCUUAUAGCUAAAGAAGCCCUUCUUAAACGCAAGAUUCCAAAGAAAGUGUCUACCAUUGUGACAAAGUACCCUGAUAUAGGAAAAAAAAUGGAAGACUUUGUUCAGAAACACCGGGUUGGUGCAGACCAGUGGCGAAGAACUGGAGUUUUUACUUUCGCGAGUAAUAAGAAUUCUACAGGGCCUAAAGUAACUUACAAAAGGAUGCAAGAGCAUCUACAAAAGGAGUAUGGCAUAUCGAUAUCGUAUGGUACCGUUGUUCAGUUGUGUGCCGUGAGGAACAAGAGAAGGAUUUCGGCUCAGCGUUACCAGGGUGUUGCAGCAAUAACUUGCAGAAGAGCACGUAAAGGUUUUGAUGUCAAAUUCAAUCCCGAUAGCCGUUGGUCAUACUGCUUUUACAAGGGCCUUGAUAUGCUUCAGCUAAAAGACGGUUCAGAUAAAAUGAUUCUCAAUAGAGACGACCAAGCAGGAUUCCGUCUGGAUAGUACUUACACACAUAAGAACCAUAAAGCUGUCUGCUUGGAAGGAAAGCCAGAACUCACGUCACAUUCUGACUAUGUAAGCAAACACGGAGGUCAACUUCAAACAUCAUCUUACUUAUUCAUGAAGACGGAAACCACUGGUCAAGUGUCUGUUGGGAUUGUCAAAGCACCUGGCGUUCUACACGAGAAAACAGCAACACAGCAUCUUGCUGACUUGUACUGUUUGAAAGAAAAAGCAGAAAUGGAUGUGUGUUUUGAAGGAAAGAACAUUGAUUGUAUUAGAGUUGAUGGGGAGCCGAUGAGGGCCCAAGUCAUGUUGAGGUACAGUUUCGAUGGACCGAAUGGCAUCUAA